UUUGCACUGAGAGAAGAAGAGGAGCUGCGUGAAGAUGAACUGGCUUUUAUCCCUCGCUGCUGUAUGCGUCCUCGUCCCCAGCGUCCACUGUGCCACAGGGACAGGCUGGUGUUACCAUGAUGCAAGUUGCAGUGACACAAAAUGGCCCACCCUCUUUCCUUCUUAUUGCGCUGGGAGUCGACAGUCACCGAUUAACAUCGUCCCAGCAUCUGCCACAGCUGACUCCAACCUCACUGCAUUUACAUUCCUCAACUACAACAGCGACUCUGCCCUGAAAAAGAUCGAAAACACUGGAAGGACAGUCAAAGUCACCCUCGCCAGCGGGAUUAAGAUUUCCGGAGGGGGUCUGCCCGAUCCCUACGACAGCCUGCAGUUCCACUUGCACUGGGGAAAUGGCUCCUCUGUCCCCGGCUCUGAGCACACUGUGGACGGCAAAAGAUAUCCCAUGGAGUUACACAUUGUCAACAGCAAAGCAACCUAUAAUGGUGACACAGCUCUAGCUGUGAAAGACUCAACAGGACUUGCUGCUCUUGGAUUCUUCAUUGAAGAAAUGUCAGGUGAUGCCACUGGGCAACCUGCAAAAUGGAACUUGUUGAGCUCCUACCUGUCAAAAAUUGUAAACAUUGGAAACAAGACCACAGUGGCAUCAGGAAUUUCACUGGAUGAUCUCCUGGAAGGGGUGGAUCGCACCAAAUACUACCGCUACCUCGGCUCCUUGACCACACCCACCUGCAAUGAAGCCGUGGUUUGGACUGUGUUUAAGGACACGAUCAAAGUCAGCAAAGAUUUGAUUGACAAGUUCAGCACAACCGUACACAUCGCUGACAACUCAUCAGCGCUUAUGGUCAAUGUCUUCAGAAGCAUCCAGCCAGCGCAAUCUGUCACAACCCAGUCCUCCUGCUCCACCUCCGGAUACUCUCUGGGGCUAAUGGCCCUGAGUCUUGUUCUGGGAGGGUUUAGAGCCAUUUAAGGCUGUGUCUCAGCACUAAAUGGUUUGAUGGUAAACCUGUUUGCAUGAUUUCUUACUUGAGAUUGUUUUAAUGGCUAAUUUUGUAACCUGUUUCACUUUCAUGUUGUCCUCAUCCAGGUUGAUAGACAGUAUCAGGCCAGAUACUGUCAGCAUAGGAGAUGUUGCAAAGCUGAACACUCAAAAAUGAAACUGGUUCUGCUUGCUUUUAAUGAGUGUCAUGAGGAUUUAGGCAUAAUUAAAAUCAUUAAUAUUUAUCACCAUUGUAUACCUUACAUUGUUUAGCUCUGUGUUGCACUACUUGCACAUGUGACAAAACUGUUAGCUAUUUUAAAAUGGUAUUUUUUGUAACCUAGUUAUUGCUUUGAUAGUUGUGGGACAAAUGUACAUCAAAAUGGUUUAAAUGAAUGUUGGGAAAACCAUCCCAGUUGUUGCACUUAGACUCAACUUUAGCAAGAAACUUCAGAGGUCUCUUGAGUGUUCUUAUCCUUUUCAAGUUUAACAAACAUGAAAGCCCUAUUGUUUAAGUAUACUAUGUUACUUCAUAACUCACACUAAUGUCGCAUUACUUCACUGGUCACAUUAUCAAAAGACCUGAGCCACUUACAGCUACUCUUAUCACAAGGCAAUAUUGAUUCUCCUCUGCAAACUUCCUUGAUACACAUUGAUAUGCCUCAAACUAAAGAUGAAGACAUGUUGUAAAUAUAUUGCAUUCCCUGUUAAGGCAGAUUAUGAAGGUCUUUGAAAUAACCAGUGUACAAGUUUUUAAUGUCUGUGAAGUAAGAGCUUGAGUAUCCUGUUAAAGCAAGAAUUUGUCAUAUUUAAAAUAAAGGUAUUAAGUAAA